AUGUUUGCCAAGAUGGAAUGCGUGGUGGCGGCAGAGAGCAUGCAGAGGUACAGGAGGCUGCAGUUUGAGAGAAAGUUGCUGUUGGACCCAUGCCGGACCUGGUGCCCGUCCUCGUCGUGCCAGGCAAUGGGCCAGCUGAAGGAGGUGGAGAUGGAGUUGCCACAGCUGGUCCAGUUUUCUGUGUGCAGGCUAGAGUUCUGCUCGGCCUGCCGGAACAGCUGGUAUAAAGAACAUGCCUGCCAGGACAACCCCUCUGACCCGGAGAGACCAGGUAGGAUAUUACUUCAACACACCUUUCCUUCGACAAGAGCGCCCGUCAAGCUCUGUCCCAAAUGUAAGGUGUACAUCGAGAGGGACAAGGGAUGUGCUCGGAUGAUGUGCAAGAGCUGUAAGUGUACCUUCUGUUGGUACUGCCUGGGGUCUCUUGAAGAUCACCUCCUCCUGAUCCACUAUGACGAAGGGCCGUGCAAAAACAAACUGGGCCUCUCCAGAGCUUCAGUUAUCUGGCACCGGGACACAGCACACUUCCACAUCUCUCUCCGGGUGGUGGGGAUAUUCGCUGGCUUCGUGCUGCUCCUGCUGUUGGCGUCUCCCUUCCUCCUCCUAUCCUUCAUUCUGUGCUGCAAGUGUAAAUGCAGUAAAGGGGAUGACGACCCUCUGUCAACCUAA